CGGCAAUAAAUUUUAUUGUAUCAAUUUAUAGUUAAAUUAAAUAUCUAUCUAAAACAUCUGAAUUGAAGCAUUCAUCUGGACAAAAAUAUGACGGUAUCAACGGAAAAAAUUGUACGAAGAAAUCCUAAAGGGUGUAAAAAUGAAGAAUUUAACAAUUGGCCUGAAGAACCAUUUGAUGAAAUGGAUUCGACGAUAGCCGUACAACAAUAUAUUCAACAAAAGAUCCGAAAAGAUCCAUCGAAUAUUGAAGAAAUUCUCAGCCCACCUAAGGGACAAGAUUUGGGCACUUGGAAAUAUGAACAUAUGAGACAAUUCUGUCUAGAAUUGAACAAAUUGACUGUAAAAUUACAAGCCGAAUGUAACCAGGAAAGUUGUUCCCAAAUGACAGCUACUGAACAAUGGAUUUUUCUUUGUGCUGCCCAUAAAGCUCCAAAAGAAUGUCCAGCUAUUGAUUAUACCCGUCAUACAUUGGACGGUGCUGCUGCAUUACUCAAUUCAAACAAAUAUUUUCCAUCACGAGUUACCAUAAAGGAAGCGUCGGUUGCCAAAUUGGGAAGCGUUUGUCGUCGAGUGUAUCGGAUAUUUUCUCAUGCUUAUUAUCAUCAUAAAGCCAUCUAUGAUGAUUUUGAAAACGAAUCAUUCUUAUGCAAACGUUUCUCUGUGUUUUCCAUCAAAUAUGAUCUUAUGUCCAUCGAAAAUCUUAUUGUUCCAAUAGCUGGUCUGGAUUUUAAUGAUAUUAAAAAAGUCAAUUCGAUAUCAGCUACUACAUGUGAAACGGCACCAGGUAUGGAAAUCUCAGUAGGAACUACAGUUUUCACAACAGUGGCCGCUAAUAAUGACAAUUUCAAUGCUGCAACAGUAUUACGUAGCACUUCAGAUUCUUCGGAAGCUUAAAAUUCAUAUGAACGCCCAAAAUCACCAACAUCACUUUUUCAUUUGCUUUUGAAUUAUAACAAAAUUCAUGUUUUUUGCCAUUGA